AAGACCAAGAAAAACCAAAUUAAAUAAAUUAUUUGCUAAAAGCAAUAUUUUUGAAACGUACCAAAAAGAAUGGAAAAUUAAAACCACGUUAAUAUUUAAUAGAUGAGAAUUAUCUUUAUUUUUCCAAGAAUGAUAAAACGGAUAAAAUUUAAGGUACCCUUUAACUUUUAUGUUGUCGUUUAGAUUUAUAUUAGAAUUUGGAAUCAAAUCCUAUUGAUUCUACAGGAUAGGAUCCCCUUUUUGGCUUUAAAUUAACGAGAAACGGUAAAGUACUAGAAAUAUAUACAAAAGAUUCAUAGUUAUGGAAGAAAUGGAAGGAUAUUUUUGUAUAUAAAGCCAUUUAAUCAAGCUUUCAUGAAGAUUUUAUUGUAACAAAAAUGAUAGGUAAAGGUUCUUUUGCAAAAGUCUAUUUAGCAAGUAAAAAAGAAAAUAAUGUUCAAUACGCAAUAAAGGCUUUUAAUAAAGAAUUCAUGUCAAGUUAACAUAAAGGAAAAGAGUCAUUAAUAAACGAAAUCAGUGUAAUGAGAAAUUUAAGUAAUGAACAUUUAAUAAACCUUUAUGAAGUAUACGAAACGACGAAUUCAAUUUAUUUUGUUGUAGAUAUACUUAAUGGAGGUGAACUUUUAAAUAGAGUUAAGGAUAAAGGAAGUAUUGGAGAAGAUGAUAUUAGAGAAUUAAUGAAAAAAUUAUUAUUAGCUUUAUAAUAUUUGCAUUCGAAAAAUAUAAUGCAUAGAGAUCUUAAACCUGAAAAUUUACUUUUAAAAAGUUAAGAAAAUAAUCAUGAUAUUAUUGUAGCUGAUUUUGGACUAGCUACUUUUACAAACAUAAAAGAGAUUCUUUUUAAAAGAUGUGGAACACCUGGAUUUGUUGCUCCUGAAGUUUUAACAUUUCAAGAUGGAGAUUAAUUUUAUGAUGCUAAAUGUGAUAUAUUUUCAGCUGGAGUUAUUUUCUAUUUAUUAUUAAUUGGAAAACAGCCAUUUAGUGGUAAAGACUAUAAAUAAAUACUUCGCGCUAAUAAAGCUUGUGAUAUUAAAUUUAAUACGUAAGAUUUCGAAAAAAUUUCUUUAAUAGCUUAAGAUUUAUUAAUGAAAAUGUUAGAACCUUCACCAUUUAAAAGAUUUUCUGCAACAGAAUGCUUAUCCCAUCCUUUUUUAUCUCAAUAAUAAAAAAAUAACUAAAAUUAAAUUUCUACUGCUAAUUUGAGAAAUUAUGAAGUAGAUUAUUUGGCAGGAGUUAGAAAUAAAAAUGUAUAAAAUUAAGAUUCAUAAGACUAAUUGGGCUCUAUGGCUUUACAUUCAAAUGGAAUUCCAGCAAUAAAUGGACUCACGGAUACUAUAGGAAGUCUAAGUUUAUGUUCUAAUCCAAAUCUUUAAAAAAAUGAGCCUUUUACUCCUAAUGCAUCUUUAUUUUCAAAGAAUAGAGUUGAUACUAUUGAUGGUGAUUUAUAAAAAAAUAUGAAUAUCGAAAGUCCAAAAAGUGUAUAGAACAGAUAAAAUGAUAGUCAUAAUCUACAUAAAUUAGCACUUAAAAAUAGUUUAAAGGGAGGAUUUCGUGAAGAAGUUAAGGCUGAUUAUGAUGGAGAUGAAUAAGAUGUAUCUGAAGAAAAUUCACCUCUUUCCGAUUCACUUAAUAAACUUAAUUUUGAAAGAUAAAUGAAGCAUUCACCAUCUAAAUGUGAUGAUAAUAAUAAUUCUUAUAAUUUUUCAAAAUUUAAGGAUAAUUGA